ACCAUGUCGACAAAAAACCGCGAUCGAUUAGUCGUCACAGAAGACUCGGACGACGAUAAUGAGAGGGAAGAGAUGUCAUCAGGCGGAGAAAGCGGAGAAGAAGGCCCUUCCUCUGUAGAUGGUGGAGCCGGCGACGCCGACGAGACAGUUGCCUUCCCAGCCAUUGAGAGGAGAAAGAAGAAGGUGAUCAAGAAGCUGACAAAGAAGGAGCAAAGUCUGAAGAAGAGUGUCAAGGAAUACCGGAUUAAGUUGGCUCUGGUCAAGCCGGAUAUCACCACCGACCGGGAGAAGGAACGAAAUUUGAGAAGAGUCGCUACAAAAGGAGUCGUCCAGCUCUUCAACGCCGUCUCCGAUCGUCAGAAGACAAUGUCCGACGCGGUGAAGGAGAAGAUGACGGCUCGCGAGAGACGAGAAGCUCGUCAACGAUUCGACGGCAAGAACUUUGAUUCGGACAGAUUCGCGGAUUCGGGAUAUGUUGGGGCGAAGAAAGAAGUGAAGGGAGAGGAUGACGACGGAGAGGAUCAGAUGGAUAUUGGAGAGGAACAAAUCGAUACCGGGAAUUAUAGCGAUGAGGAUUAACUUUUUUUAAAUUUUUUUGUUAUCAAAUUUUCUUUUUUUUUGUUUUGUUCUGUUCUGUUGUUGUUUUAUUCAUUAAAAACCCUUCAUUUU